AUGACAAAGUACUUUUUCCAUCUCUUCCACCUAAAAUGCUUUUCUUUUUUCUUAGAACAACAAGUGUUUUUUCUGCAUAUUCCUUGGCCUUUGAAUAUAAAUUCUUAG